UGGCGCGCGGUUUGAAGAUGGCGAUGGCGGCCGAGGGUGCGCCGGGAGCAGCGGCCGGCGGCGGCGGCGGCAGCAGCAGCUCCGUCAGUCCGGCCCCGCCUGCGGCCGUGGAGGCCGUGGCCGCGGAGUGGAUGCUGGAGUUCGCCUGCUCCUGCCUGUGCCGGCACUUCGCGGAGCAGAGCGGGGCGGAGUUCUGGCGGUGGAGGGACGUUGCGCAGGCUCUUAUUAAUGGCCUCCCCCAAAUACCUCCGCAUCAGAAAAAAACAGUAUACCUCUGCCAGCUUUUGAUAAGAAUUGCACAAGGAAAAAGCCUUGGAUUACAUUUUGAAAAUGAUCAAAGAAUUUCACCUUUGGAAUCUGCUCUGUCUUUCUGGACUUUACUUGAAAGGGAAGAAAUGAAACUGGAAAAGCUUCAUGAAGAUAUUCGUCGUUUGAUUCAAAUUCAGAUUGUAGCAGUCCAUAUGGAAAACAGAUACUUCAAGGAAGCUGCUGAAGUUCUUGAAAGGCUGUUCACAGACUCUGACUCAGAUAAGCCUUUAAGGGUGAAGCUGGCAACUGUAAUUAAAACCAAGGAUCCAUAUGUUCCUCUUCUCCAAAGCUUCAGUUACAGUCUUUUGAUAAGUAAAAUCAAGUCUUACAUUGAACUUUUCAUGAAAGAAAAUGAAACUAACUUCUUAAUACAGGAAGCCACAAAACAUGUAGCAUCUAAAGGGUUGGGAGCAAUAGCAUUGCAAAAGAGACCUGUGGAAGUUAAUGAAAAUGACAAAAGUGAUUUGGAAACAAAACAAAGAUCGAUGAAAGAGGAGUGGUAUAUCAGAAAUCAGUCACAUGGAAACAUAAAAAAACCCACAGUAAGGAGAAGUUCAGGACAGAAACCCAAAGAGAGCAGAGCUCUUCAGAGUCUUAACAACACGCAAAAUGUGGGAAAAAAUGGAGUUUCUUUUGUAGCUGAAUGUAGCCGAAGAAGACAGCGAUGGACUCAAAAAGAAGACUUGGAGCUGAAAUUGGGAGUAAGGGAGUUUGGAGUGGGUAACUGGGCUAAAAUUUUAGUCCAUGGUAACUUCAACAACCGAACAAGUGUCAUGUUGAAAGACCGAUGGAGAACAUUGAGCAAGAGGAAGCAAAACUGAUUUGGACUACAGGAAACAACUCUUCUUAACCCUUCCCUGCAUGAGGACGUACUCUAUUAUUUUCAGUCAGAUGUUAUUUUCAGAAUAACAUCUUAUUUUAGUCUCAGUGUCCAGCAGUGUUGCUGUCAUAAAACACUAAACAGAAUACUAAUUGGUAUAGAACACUCAUGUAAGCUCAUUUGCUCUGGUAAUGAUGACUUAAAUGUAAAGUCUGGCCUUUUUUGCUACGUGUAAUAAUAGAUGGCCUAGAUUCUGAAAUGUGAAAAUGUUUGCAGUGAUUUAGGAAAUGUCUGUUAUGUAAAUGGGUGUAUUAGAUUUGAAUGGUGACAUCUUUAGUUUGAUGGAAGCUAUAAAAGGUCAAAUGUUCUGUAUUUUUGAAGGGCUGUAUCUCUUUUUAGAUUGCCCUUUUCAUAAUUUUACUUCCUGCCACAUAAUCCAUUCUAAUCUGUUUUGCUUGACUUUGAAAUUUUGGUCAGACUUGUCAUCUCUGUAAAUUAUACCAAAAAGUAUGUAUGUAUUAGUAUUGCUAAUUUUAUGAGCUGAUGGUUUGUUGUUUUUUUCUGCAGUUAAAAAUGUGUAAAUUCAUAUACUGUUUGUAACUGUUGUAAGUAACAAAGGGACUGGUUUAUUUUUUACAGGGACAGGAGCACUAUUAUACUAGCACUUAGCAUCUCUUGGUUAGCUUGUGCCACCUACCUUGUCAUGACAAGUGACUUCUUCCAGACCAGCAGGAAAGGGAAAGUUCAAUAAUACAUGGCCAAAGUGGGGAUCAGUAACGAGUCUACACUGUCAGUGACAGCAAAGAUACACGUUGGGGGUCACUAUCAAGGUCUCUGCUGGCCACUGCAACCUCCUGCUCAUGGGAGAUUGGAACAGAUGUAUGAUGGCACUAGCUGGUCUCUCUGGAUUCAAAUCAUUUGGAAGAGAUUUCCACAAUCUCAGGAAACUCGUGCUUUCCAUACUGGUGUGAAUCUAGUGACUUGAACUAACAUAAUACAGCAUUCUUUUAAAAGUGAAAUCCCCUGAAUUCAGAUUUUUUGUGCCUUUUUCUUGGCUAAGGUUUUUAUUUUCCAAUAAUCUUACAAGAAAAAGCAGCUGUCUGAAUUGGUCAUAAUAAAACAAAGCUCUCUGAAACAAUUUUCCCCAUUAAAAAGGAAAACAUAUAUUCUUGACGUCUGCAAUGUUCAGAAAGCAUUAAAAUCUCUGUUUUCUGUUUUGGA